AUGGUGUUGAAGCUGAGCUUCGCCUGCUGGGACUAUGACCGUACUAAGGCCCUGGAAGAUGGCCGGGUGCGACUAGAAGGCAUCGAGCUCGCCUAUCUUAAUUAUCGCGUGGAGGAAACAUUUUUCAGGCAGCUGCGCUUUCAGGAAUUCGAUGUCUCCGAGCUCAGUCUCUCGUCCUAUGUCCUAACCCUGAGCCAAGAACCGCCACCGUUCAUUGCCAUUCCCGUCUUUCCCUCGCGGUUCUUCAGGCACCAAUCCAUGUACAUCAACUUGAACUCGGGCAUCAAGAAGCCUUCCGAUCUCAAGGGGAAGCGCAUUGGCAUUCCCGAGUACCAAAUGACCGCUGCCGUGUGGCAACGAGGGAUCUUAGAAGACGAAUUUGGUGUUCACCCCACCGAGGUCGAAUUCUUCACGGGCGCCAUCGAACCUUCGAAGACUGAACGAAAGAGCAAAGUUCCCCACACACUGCCUCCAGGGGUCAAAGUAGUUGCCAUUAACAGUGGUAAAAAUCUCUCACAGAUGCUGGAAGACGGGGAAAUCGAUGCCAUCUUUAGUGCUUCCCGUCCCUCUAGCGUCGGCCGAAGCAGCCACUGCACCUACCUUUUCCCGGACUUCAAAGCUGUGGAGGCCGACUACUUCGAGAGAACAAGAAUCUUUCCUAUCAUGCACGUCAUUGCCAUCAAGAGGACAGUCUACGAAGCCAACCCUUGGAUAGCCAGAGAACUUCAAAAGGGGUUUGCAAAAUCGAAAGAGCUGGCCGUUGAGGCCCUGGUUGAGAGAGCGGCGUUACGCUACAUGCUGCCCUGGCUGGAGGACCAUGUCAGGGAAACACAGUCCAUUAUGGGUGAAGACUGGUGGAAAGAUGGGUUCCAUGAGAACAAGCACGUAAUUGAGAAAUUCCUGUCGUACUCCUAUAGUCAAGGGCUGGCUAAGCGGCAGUACAAGGCGGAGGAACUGUUCGCACCUGGAACCCUCGAAGCAUUUGUGAUUUAG